AUGGACCGCCAUGGUGCCACAGCUUGCCGCUUGCCAAACCUGGCUUCCAGCGAGGCCCGGAUGGAGGUCUCGGGGGUAGCUCGGGAGCCGCCUUUGAAGCGGGCGAGGCCUGUGUCGGGAUCGCUUCGGGCUGUGCUCUUCGACUUUGAUGCCACGCUGACGGUGCGGGAGGAGCGCGGAAGGAGAUCCCGGGCUGGCGGCUCUUCCCCUCCAGGGGCGGCUUCCAGCGCUGUGAGGAAGCCGACGUCGCCUGGCUCCGGCGCUGCGGCUUCGGGGGUUCCGAGCGUUUGGCCCAGCUACGGCAGGGUCUGCAGAGCUUGCACAGCCUGA